UUUCAGUUUAUCAAUGUUACCUAAUUCGUACAUUUAAUCUAUGUACAUAAAUCCACAGUAACAAGUAGCACCUUUGCCAUUUGGAUACAAUAGUAACACACCAAGUAUUUUUAGUUUUUUUAUAUUUAAGCAAAACCUGUUUAUUAACCCUAACCACCAAUAGAAACAGAAUAUUAAGGUAUAAAUAUAGUCUAAUCUUUUAGUAAAAGUGUAACCUGAACCACAAAGAGAGGAAAUUAUUGUGUAACAGCCAAUGCCUAAUAAAAUUGUAACUAUAGUAAAACCAAAGAAACAUUCUUAUGUAAUCGUUAAAUUUGAAUUAAUAGUUGAUAGAUUGGUUACUAUACAUAUUACCAAUAGCAUUCUUUAUAAUAGUUCUACUUAUUAUGGCAUUAAUCUUUGCAUAUAAAGUGAAACACUUGAAUCCAGAAGGAGCACAUAACACAUUAGAAACACUGAAAAAUAAUCUACAAAUGGCACCAAUAGAGGAUAUUGUAGUAGCCACUCAAUCUACAUCAGCUGUGGGUCACAAUGUGAUACCACAUUUUACACAUGAUUAGGUUGAAUGUCCAAAUGGAUAUGGAAGAACUCAUUUAGGUUAAUGGGAUGGAGUUUAAUCUGGAUGUAUUUGUGAAAAUGGAGAUAUUAGUCAUUCUCUAACUUGUUUCUAUAAAUCUAAUUGUAAAAAGGUUAAAUCUCAUGAAUCUAUAUUUUUUACGACAUGGCAAUAAAAAUAAUAUUGUACUAAAAUAUUUACAGAAUGGAAACCAUUAUAAGGUGCUACAUGUGAAACAUCUUACUAAUAGUGUGGUAGUAUUUGUGUUCCAUCAACUAAAAAUUGCCCACUUUCUGGUUUAAUUAAAGAUAAUUCAAGAACUAAUGAUAGAAAUGCUAUUAAAAUUGGAACAGAUAAUUAUAUCAAAUUAUUUGAAAACUCAUCUCCUAUUAUUAGUAUCGAAGUUGUUCCAGGAAUUGGAUAAGAUGAUUCUUCCCCUUGUUAUAAUCAUAAAUUGAAUCCAUAAUUUUAAUCAGCUAAAUAUUACCCUCUUGCUAAAAGACCUGAAAUUGGUUGUGAUAAUUUUGAAGAUCUUCAAUCUCAUCGACUCACUUUGAAUACAUUUUCGGCUCGUCAAACUUACUAAUAAAAUGGCUUGACUAAUGUACUAUCUUAAUUACCAUUUUAUGAAAAUUAUGAAGAUAACGAAGAUACGUAUGCAUUAGAAGCCAUAAAGAAAAUUUCGAUUAAUUCAAAUGAAUUCUGUUAAAAAUUGUCACCUAAAGAUAUUGAUUAAAUCACAAAGAGUGGAUAAAAAGUAUAUAAUUCAGAAAGAGCCUUGUCUUUAAUUAUUAUUAUAAGUGUUGGAAUAGUUCUUUUCCUUGUUCCUAUUUUGUAUCUAAUGAAGAAUAGAGUAUAUUUAAUUCAAAUGUUUUAGAUUUUCCAAUGGAUGGAUAUGACUGAAUUUCAUUAACCAAAGUUUCUUUGUGCUAUUGCAUUAAUAAUUGCCAUCUUAUGCAUUGCUUUAGGAGCAGUUUUUAUAAGUGAAGUAGAUGGAAAAGUAAUAUAUACAAUCUUAUUAAUUUUUAGAAUGGACUAAGAGAACAUAAUUCUCAAUUUUCUAAGUAUCUUGAAAAAAAUUGUUUUCCAGAUGAAGGAUUAGAAUUGGUAUAUAUAAUUUUUCUAAUAUUUACAGGCUAUUACUAAAGUCAAUUAAUUUGCCAAGAAUACUUACUUCCAUACCUAUUCUUUGAUUAUUGCAGCAUUUUAUGUCAGCAUCAUUUUCAUUAUCCUCCUAAUAAUCUUUGUUGCUUACUAAUACUUUGCUCAUAAAUCAUUCUUUGAUAAUCCUUGGACUUCCAGAUAAUAAGAAUAUUCAGAAUUUCAUUGAUG